AUGCACCUAACGUUCCAUCCUCUUAUUUCUCUUCUUGUUCUCAUUCUUUUCAUCAGAACAAAUCAAUGUUUCUCCUCUUCUUCACAAACUCUUGUUCUACCUCUAAAGACCCGAAUAACCCCAACGGAUAAUUCAGGUCAUCGACCCACCGACAAACUCCAUUUUCACCAUAACGUAACUCUCACCGUCACACUCACCGUCGGUACUCCUCCUCAAAACAUCACCCUCGUCAUCGACACUGGCAGCGAACUCUCCUGGCUUCGCUGCAACCGCACCUCAAACCCAAACCCGAACCCGCUCAACAUCUUCGACCCGACUCUCUCCUCCUCGUACUCACCAAUCCCAUGUUCCUCCCCCACUUGUCGGACCCGGACACGAGACUUCCUCAUACCCGCUUCCUGCGACUCCGACAAACUCUGCCACGCAACUCUCUCCUACGCCGACGCAUCCUCCUCCGAAGGCAACCUCGCCGCAGAGAUUUUCCACAUCGGAAACUCCACCAACAACUCCACUCUCGUUUUCGGGUGCAUGGGAUCCGUAUCCGGAUCCGACCCGGAAGAAGACAGCAAGACAACCGGGUUACUCGGCAUGAACCGUGGCUCCCUCUCUUUCAUCUCUCAGAUGGGUUUCCCCAAGUUCUCAUACUGCAUCUCCGGCACCGACGACUUCCCUGGCUUCCUCCUCCUCGGAGACUCCAACUUCACGUGGCUAACGCCGUUAAACUACACGCCGUUGAUCCGGAUCUCCACGCCGUUACCUUACUUCGACCGUGUCGCUUACACCGUCCAGCUCACGGGGAUUAAAGUCAGCGGCAAGCUUUUACCCAUCCCUAAGUCGGUUCUCGUACCGGAUCAUACCGGAGCCGGUCAGACGAUGGUUGAUUCCGGUACUCAGUUUACUUUCUUGCUUGGACCGGUUUACACCGCGCUUCGAACCGAGUUCUUGAACCAGACUAACGGGACAUUGACGGUUUACGAAGAACCGGAUUUCGUUUUCCAAGGAACCAUGGAUUUGUGCUAUUUAAUUUCGCCGGUUCGGAUUCGGACCGGGAUUCUCCACCGGUUACCAUCGGUUUCCCUGGUUUUCGAAGGGGCUGAGAUAUCGGUUACGGGUCAGCCGCUGUUGUACCGAGUCCCGCAUCUGACGGUUGGGAACGAUUCGGUUUAUUGUUUCACGUUUGGAAACUCCGAUCUUAUGGGGAUGGAGGCGUAUGUGAUUGGACACCAUCAUCAGCAGAACAUGUGGAUUGAAUUUGAUUUGGAGAGAUCGAGAAUCGGUUUGGCUCCGGUACAAUGUGAUGUAUCUGGACAGAGACUAGGAAUCGGGUCAUAAACCGUAGACAACCGACCCGGUAAAUUUACCUGUGUAAUUAUAGUUUUUUUUUUUGGUUGUUGCACGUAGAAUGUUUAUUAUCUAGUAUAGUAGGUGCGCAGGCCGCACGUGACUAGAGUGAGUGAGUGGGUUUCGUUUACCAACACAUGCGUACCGGUAAUAACUUCGAGUUGUUAGUAGUUGUCCUUUUUUCGACGUUAGUAGUUGUCUAUUUUGUUUGAUUGUUUGUUUUUUAAACAUAUUUUGUUUGAUUGUUUAACACGUUACUUUAGUUGCG